GUCAACUUUGAGCCCGACCUCACAGGCAUGCAGUUCUAUGUGGACAACUCGCUAGGCACCGGCUGGGCCCGGGAGUACUUCUACGCCUCCUCACAGGUGUGGGCCCACUACGUCUCUUUCGUCACGAGCGUGAUCAACCACUGGAACCCCAUAACCGGCAUGUACUACAAGGACGAUCCCACCAUCCUGGCCUGGGAGCUGGCCAACGAGCCGCACACCACCGACCUGUUCGAGCUCAGCCCCAAGGCGCCCACGCAGUUCGGCGACCAGGGCGUCACCAUCGGCCGCGGGCAGCUCGUGGGGCGGCUGGUAAACCAGUGGCUGUGCCGCGCCGCCACGCUGCUCAAGUCGCUGGACCCCAACCACAUGGUCACCACCGGGGAGGAGGGCUACCGCACCAACGGCCCCUACCUGUCCACGGCACCGGAGCACAACUGGCUGAACAACGGCAUGAAGGGCGUGGACUUCGACCAGAACAUCAAGUGUCCGGAUGUGGACUACAUGACCUUGCAUGUGUAUCCUGACAACUGGAACGUGCCCUUCUGGCAGUACCAGUUCGUAAUUGACAACUUUAUCACGGACCGCACCAAGCUGGCGCACGCCUACAACAAGCCGGUGGUCAUGGAGGAGUACGGCUGCUGCAAGGCGGCUGACUACGCCGGCAAGCGCGGGCAGGUGUUCGCGGCCUUCCACGACGCGGCGGACGCGCUGGGCAUGGCGGGCACCAUCGUGUGGCAGGUGGUGCCGUGGUCGGGGCUGAAGCGAGACGGGCAUUACGACUUCACCUACGACGAGGACGGCGGCUGGCAGGUCAAGGACAUGGCUAAGCGCAUGAACGCCAAGUGAAAUGUUGCAGCUCCUGGUGAUUGUAUGAGCACAACAAAACUGUAGCCGUGUGUGUAAUGGUGGUGGGCUGGUGGUGAGUGCAAGCGGUGCUGCAUAGCUGCCUGCGUGUGCGCUUGCCCGUGCGUUUAUGUGUGGGUGUGAGUCUGAGAACCUGCAGGCAGUGACAAGCUUUGUCGUGCUUGAGGCAAGCGCGUGACCCUUUAUCCCUUGAUGCCUGCAAGCUGCCAUGGUGCGUGCGCAUUGCAGCACCUUGCUAUUGUAUGCAUCUGCGUGCGCACACCCGUACAUAUGGGUGCAGCCCGAUGACUUCACGUGCAGCGUACGAUUGCAUGCCACCGCAUAUGCGUGCCACAACAAGAGCGAUUUUGGAGCUGAGUCACGGUCAUGGUCUAUGUAUCAUAGCGUGUGUGAUCCAACUGACGAGACGUGCCACCGUGACCUUUCACAAGGCCAGAUAACUUCGGUGUCUAU